AUGAUAGACGACGGCGGCCGUGACUCCACGAAGCGCGCGUUCUGCCAUCAGGCGGGCUUCAUCGACGAGCCCAAGUGUUGCUUCACUAAGAAGGAGGACUCCAGGCUGUUCUGUUGCCGAUGCGCCCACAAAAGGCGCGCGUCGCCGCUCACUUGCCUGGCGAUAUGUUUCCUCGUACUGACGUACAACCUCCUAGGCGGGUUCCUAUUCCUGGCAAUCGAGGGCGGCGCAACGGCUGAGGAGACGUCAGUCGCCGCGUCCAAGCCGAACCCCACCCAGCAGGGCGGCGGCGAGCUGCGUUCCAAAACCGUCGAGCGCCUGUGGUCCAUAACGGAGGACCUGAACAUCCUGUACAAAGAGAACUGGACCAAGCUCGCGGCGAAAGAGCUGAUGGACUUCCAGAAGGUGCUGCUGCGCUCCAUGCGCGGCUCCGAGGGGCCUCAUUACGACCACGGUGCUGAAUACCGCUGGACGUUCUCCAGCAGUUUCCUUUACGCGCUAACGCUCAUAACGACCAUUGGUCAUGGCAACGUCACACCGAAGUCGUCGGUCGGGAAAAUUGUGGCGGUGGCAUACGCAUGUAUAGGGAUACCUAUCAUCAUGCUGUACUUGUCAACAAUUGGAGAGGCGCUAGCUAGAAACCUUCCGUAUCCUGUAUUCAAAGAUAUGCCCCACCAGAUUGAAGAGCCACAACUUUCACACGAAAGCGGAGUGCCUGAGCCGUUAUUCGCUACCGGUUCUAGAGUGCGGACAAUACGUGGAGUG